UUAAGUCCUGGUGAUUUGGUGGAAUGAUGCUUCUCAUCUUAUCUGCUUUGUCACAAAUAGUUCUUUUACUUCUUUAAUGACUGAGCCUGAGCCGUGAUGUUUAUCCAGCUGACUUGAGGUUGUAAAUAUGAAAAGAGGACAAACAGCAUAUAGCGUGCAUGAUUGUGAUUGGGAGCUGAGCCCCCCUAAAGACGGAGAUGUAAAAGGAGGAAAGAAAAGUAACUGUCCUCCUCUGGCGGAGGGUCGCCGUGCGGCACCAGGCGGAAGUAAACCAGGAAAAGGCGGAAGUGCCGUUAGCUUUAUUGACUGAGCAGGAAGUGUGUUGUGUUGUUGGUGUGUGAGCUGAGUGUGUGAGCUGUGGCAGUAACAAUGCCUUCAGUUCAGUCUCUGAGAGAGUUUAUCAACGAGCGACUAACUGCUGCUGCUGAACAAAUAUUCUUGGAGUUUGAAAAAACGAUCGUCCAGUACGAGGAAGAGAUCGACCGUCAGCGCAGACUGCUGGAUAUCACCUGGAAACCCCAAAUCAAGCUGCACAGGACAGACCUCCAACAGCAACAUGUCUGUGAGGAGCAGGAGGAGGAGGAGGAGGAGGAGGAGGAGGAGGUUCAGCAGAGGAACCAAACACAGUCUCUACAGAUUAAAGAGGAACAGGAGGAGCUGUGCAUCAGUCAGGACGGGGAGCAGCGUGCACUGAAGGAGGAGACUGAUACCUUUAUGGUCACUGUAACUUAUGACGACAGCGAUCUCAGUGAACCUGACCUGGACAGCGACCAGCUCGGCUCUCGCAGCUCUCUUCUAUACGAAAGCCGAGAUCAGGAAGGAAGCGAGAGUUUCGAUUCUACUUCAACUGCCACUAGAAACAUAAGUCAGAGUAGCAACGCAGAAAUCUUUCCCACAUCAGAGAGUCAGUGUAACACCGACACAGUCACCAAAUCUCUAAAAUGCAAUGUUUGUGGAAAGGUCUUUAAGCCUUUUAGUGACCCGUUAGCAUUUAAGAGACACAUGGCAGUCCACUCGGGUGAAAAGCCGUACUCCUGCAAAACAUGCGGGAAAAGUUUCACUAAAAAUAGUACUUUACUGGGCCACAUGAGAGUUCACACAGGGGAGAAGCUGUAUUCUUGUGAAACGUGUGGGAACAGUUUUACUCGAAAAGGUAGUCUGCUGGUGCACAUGAGAAUCCACUCGGGUGAGAAGCCGUACGUUUGUAACGCCUGCGGCGAACGGUUUUGUUACUUAUCGGCGCUUAAAAAGCACAAGGCGGUGCACACGGGCGAGAAGCCGUAUUCCUGCGAAACGUGUGGGAAAGGUUUUACGGAGCGCGGCAGUUUGUUGGUCCACAUGAGAAUCCACUCGGGCGAGAGACCGUAUACUUGUAAAACCUGUGGGAAAAGUUUCACUAAAAAAUGUACUCUGUUGGUGCACAUGAGAAUUCACACCGGCGAGAAACCGUAUUCAUGUAAAAUCUGCGGGAUGAGUUUCAGUAAAAAUGGUGGUUUGUUGGUCCACAUGAAAACUCACACAGCUGAGAUGCCGAAGUCGGACAUUUCUGUGGGAAAAGACUCUCUGUGAGGUCGGCUUCGUGUCACCUUCUCUCCGUUGUUUUCUCUGUUCGUACCGGUGACCACGCUAAUGUAUUUAUUUAAAGAUGUAGUUACGUGGGCCAACCAGCUAGGUGGCGCACUUUACAGCUUUAACACAGACUCUAGACGCUGACCUGUGUUUGUUUCAGAAAUGGGAAGAUAUGAAAUCGAGAGAGGCAGCAGGAGUUUGUUUCGUAUUGUCAGCAUGAAGAGAAAGAUGUGUACUCGUUACCAGCACUGAAUCAGAUAUAACUGUGAUGUGCGAUAUGACCAGAAUCUCCUGAUAGAAGACGAUAAAUAUCACAAAACAGUGCUUUUUCUGUAAACUCUGUGAAUCUCGGGCAGCUCGACCUGUGGGAAGUGUUUCCAGCUGGGCGUUGAGUGUUUUGACCGUGUUAGAUAGAAGUUGUUUCUUUGAGUAUUUAUUAGACGGCGUGCUGCAGGGAAAAGCCUGUUCUGACGUUUGAGUCUAAGGUUCAUUGUGAACUCCCGACGGCUCGUUUUUGCUUCUCGUCCGUAAACUCUGUCCACACUCUGUCACGUGAUUCUUGUGGGUGGUUGAAGAGGUUUGCUGUGUUUGAGUCUGAGGUCUGGACCAGUUUGCACUAUAAUUUGCAUAGUACAGUUUUCCGGUCCAUGUCAGAUGUUUCAUAACCAAACCAUGUCCAUGUUACAGAGGCGGCCCAAGGUUUAGGAGUAAGGUCCUGGAUUUGUUUGGACUGGUCCUUCUGUUUGAGCUGCCUGGUUCUGCCUCGUCUUCUCUGGUCAUGCUGGGAUUCUCUGUGCAUCCACGUGGUGGCCAAACCAUGGAAACAUAUCACCAUAAACUGUGGAUUUUACUGCAGUAUUAUGAAUAUACAAAACAAACAAUAGCGUAUAUAAUAAUAUCUCAACGUCCGAUAUAUUUCGUCAUAUCGCACAGCCCUAACUAUGAUUUAGUCUGAACAUUUGCUUCGUUCUUGACUUGAUAUCUCUGCAGGCUCUGCCAUCUUGUUUUUGUAUGUGGUUAAAAACAGUAACAUUAGGUGAGUGAUGUCAGGACAGAGUGUAAGAUUUAAGUUAUCAUGUGUUCCCCACUUUAACCUACAAAACCCAGACUCACAGCUGAAGAUCAAAACAAACAUCUGUUUUUAAUAUUUUACAUUUCUGGGCCAGUCGUGCUGCCUGUACAGCCACAAAGAGCUCGUUAUUUCCCAGCUGUGCUCUCUCUGAAACAAACACGCUGUUUGGGUUACAUCACAGUCUGCAGCAGACCUCAGCCAAAUGUAACAUGACUGUUAGCGUUACUUGUUUCAUAUACUAAUAGUUCAGAUUGUAUUUAUUAGAGAAACAGCUGCGGUGCUGUCAGUGUGCCAGCACAGACACUACAUGCUGUAAAUAUUUCAAACCACAGAAAAAGUCUCCACGUUUCUCUUUGUGUCUGCUCAGAUUACUGCUCAGCAGUAGCUGUGUCUCACAGUUUUCAUGUUUGCGUUUGUUGUGAGUCGCUGUGCGUCAGUGGAUGUGCUGACAGGUGUCACUGAACUAGUUUUAGCUGAAAGCUGCUUUAAGCCACCAGUGGAAAUGACUGUAUUUAUUCAUUAGUUUGCUAUAAAAGCUGUUUUGAGGUUUUUCUGUGAGACCCUGCCUGCUUUGUGCACAGAUGUAACUUAUAUAAUAUCCAUAUGAUAAAACUGUAAGUGUUUCCUGUUUGUGCGUUUCUGCAGCUUCUGUGGUGUCCUCACUGCUACAUUAAUGUUUAAUCGUGCAAAUCUAAAAACAGGACAGGUGGAGAACACAGACGUGAGGUCUUCCAUCAGUUCGUGUCACAUUCUCAUGUUUGACUGAAGUCUGUGUUGUUGUCUCGGUUAUUUGUGGAUUGAGCGUCAAAGCUGAGGAGCCCUCUCGUGCUCGCGGCUUCUGUUUGAAGGACGUUUUGUGUUCACACUACAUCUUCAGAGGUGACACUAACGAGAUGAAGACCAUGUUCAACAUGCUGUUGUAAAAAGCUCUUCAGAAAUAAACAUUGUUUUGACCUAAAGUGUUGAUAACUCGAGUAACCAUCAGGAUGUGGAGCAGAAGACACUUCACAAAAACAGAGGGCACAGUGUAGCAGGUUUGUGUGCUGCCUCUUAAGCCUCCUACAGGCUUCUCAGACUUUGUUCUGCUGCAUUAAAUGUUUGUAUGUUUGUGAUCUGCAUCCUCAGAGGUAAACUCAAAAUACAGGCAUGAAAAAUGUUUUUGUGCGAUGAUUUAAAGCAGCUCUGCUCUUCUGGCUGCUGCUGUAGGAAUGAUAACGUGCUGUCUCAGGUGGACGAGGUGUUGCCUCCAAAACUCGCCAUCACAGCUGUGCCAGACGAGGGAAGAGAAGCUAGACUCUACCUGACAGACCAGAGAGGUUUAACAGUG